CUUCACGUAAAGGCUGUAAACCGACCAGAUGGGAUUCUGCACUGCCUUCUUAACCGACUCCACACAUUUUUAAAUUGUAUCGCACUCAUUUUUAGCUGACUUUCCUGCCAACUAACAACCCUGGCGUGACCACCAGACCUCACCAGGGAGGCUCAGCUGUGCUGUGAACCGGGAAGGACGUUUAAACAUCCCCGAGCAGAGCAAACAUCUUCCCGCUGACCCAAGGCGAGUGUGUCAGCCAACAUGCCUCUGUUCGGUAAAUCCCACAAGAGCCCGGCGGACAUCGUCAGGACCCUAAAGGAAAACCUUGCCAUCCUGGUUAAGCAGGAUAAGAAGACAGAAAAGGCGUCUGAGGAGGCGUCGAAGUGCUUGGUGUCCAUGAAGGAGAUUCUGUACGGGAGCAACGAUAAGGAGCCUCACACUGAGACUGUGGCCCAGCUGGCGCAGGAGCUGUACAACAGCGGCCUGCUGAUAUCGCUGGUAGAGAACCUGCAGGUCAUAGACUUUGAGGGGAAGAAAGAUGUGUGUCAGAUCUUUAACAACAUCCUGAGGAGGCAGAUCGGGACGAGGAGCCCCACUGUCGAAUACUUCUGCUCCCACCAAGAGGUCCUCUUUAUACUGCUGAAAGGGUACGAGACACCACAGGUAGCAUUGAACUGUGGGAUCAUGCUGAGGGAGUGUAUCCGCCACGAACCGCUCGCCAAGAUAAUUCUUCACUCGGAUCAUUUCAACAGUUUCUUCAACUACGUGGAGAUGUCGACCUUCGACAUCGCCUCCGACGCCUUCGCCACCUUCAAGGAUCUUCUGACAAGACACAAAGUGCUUGUGGCUGAAUACCUUGAACAGAACUACGAUGCCGUGUUUGCAGACUAUGAGAAGCUGCUGCACUCUGAGAACUACGUCACCAAGAGGCAGUCUCUAAAGCUUUUGGGCGAGCUGUUAUUGGACAGACAUAACUUCACGGUGAUGACACGCUACAUCAGCAAGCCGGAGAAUCUCAAGCUGAUGAUGAAUCUGCUAAGAGACAAGAGUCCCAACAUCCAGUUUGAGGCCUUCCACGUCUUCAAGGUAUUUGUAGCGAAUCCCAACAAGACACAGCCCAUCAUCGACAUCCUGCUCAAGAACCAGACCAAACUAAUCGACUUCCUGAGCAACUUCCAGAAGGAUCGCACAGAUGAUGAGCAGUUCAACGACGAGAAGACCUAUCUAAUCAAACAGAUCAGGGAUCUUAAGAAACCAGCCUCUUAGAGAGGCAUCCCUCCCUGCCCUCUACUCCGACUUUUUAUCAAUAGGAAAACAUAGAAAAAAAACACAUUAACAAUAAUGGUUAUACUAUUUAAAAAAAAAUCUUCAAGACGUUAUUUGUCUUUUUUUUUUUUUCUUUUCCUCUUUGUUGGUUCAUUAAAAACGUGUACAAGAAUAGUUCUCAAUCACUGAUCUUUCUUUUGUAAUUUUUUUUUCAUGAAAUCUUUUGUUUUUUUUCAUCUGUAGCAUGUAGUGCCACAACUCAGUGUUGGAGGCAGCUGAUUUGCUCUGUUGGGAGAACCAGCGGUUAAAAAGCUUCCGCCGAAAUGGUUGAACAGACACGACCAUUGUUGUUAUUUCAUAUAUAUCCCAGUCACUGUUUGCGGGUGCGCUCUGAGUCGACGCACCCAAGAUUUUUUUUUAUUUUUUAUUUUUUUAAUGUAUCAGUAUCAAGCAAAAAUGAUAUUUUAGAACAUUGUAAAUGUGAAACAUAUUCUCAGUCAUUGCUAAAAGCUCUGCUAGUUAAAUGGCAAUAAUAAUGCUCAGUUGCCUUGUGGUGGCCAAAUGUCUUUCUUGUGGUACUAGCGAAGCAAACGAUUGCGUAGGUUGUCUCUAUCUGAAACUAAAAAGCAUCUUCAGAAUGAAAGACGACACAUUCAAAAGCUUUUCAUGCAGGUGUUUCAGGAAUUAGUUGCAGUUUUGUAGCAGUGACGAUUCAACAAAGGGAAGGCUAAUGCAGCUCUCUAAAGUUGGAAACACAGUAAAUGACUUAUUAAGGCUUUAGAAUUUUGCCGUGACAACACUGCUCUGCAAAGCUUUUAGCAUAUCAUAGAAGCAGAUCUUAUGUUAAAGUAUGCAGGCACUAAUCUGAACCUGUAAAGUUAAUUGAUAAAUGUACAAAGCCAAAAAAGAUCUUUCAUUCAAUCAUGAUUUUAAAAAAAUGUGUCUCCAGCUUUAAAAGCCUCCAUUUGUGCUUUUCUAAUCAACUCAAUAAGCUUUAGUAGGACUGAGAAUACAGCUGUUUCGAGAGAAUUGGUUUCAGUCACUGUUAAUCAGAAACUGACGACAAAAAAAAAAAAAGCGUAAUUGUAGGAAUCUUGUAUUUGAAAAAAUGAAGGGCCUUUUUAACUGAAUCACUGGUUCUCUUUGCUGGUGGCUGAUAGCACUUUCUGUAUGAUAAAAUAAAAAUAUAAUAUGAUGAUUCAAAUGUUUUUGUUAAUCUUAAGCUGAUCACUGUUUUCAUACGGCUUGAUGGUGAUUUUUUCUUUUAUAUAGUUUCAUUGGUUGUCAUGUACAGUUUCUAGUUUGUACACCUUAAGUGAGUGCCAUGGUGAGUGAGAACAUUGAACAUUAACAGGAGGCACUUUGCUGUGUGGAGGAGAGAGGAGAGCGGCUGUGAAGAUGGCUGUUUGUGUUUUUGUUUCACUCCUUUUUCUUUUUUUUUUCUUUCUGUACUGUAACUUCUGUGUUUUGCUCUGAUUUGGAUCUGAUGAUAGAAUGGAGAGAAGAUUCAGAGGUGCCUUUUUUUUGGUUUGGUGUGUUUUUUUCCCUUUAUCUUUUUGUAUUUUUCAGUAUCUUUCUAGGGGGAGCUUAAUUAUUAUGUUGAUGAAAAAUAUGCUCUGGAUAGAACAUAUUUGUUGUGAUUAAGCAGUGAACCUCUUAACUCACUAUAUUUGAGUUAUGCUGUCAACAUUUUAAAUUUUUUUGCAGCUGAUUGGUUGCCAUAGCGUACGGACCAGGGUUACAGUUUCACUAAGAGUUUGUCGCUAAAGUAGCGCUGAUUCAAUAUGUGAAUUACAAACUGUUGGCUACAAACUUUUCUGGAAACUUGUGACAGAGCGAGGCCAAAGUUGACCUGUAACAGGAUUUGAUGGUGAGAUGUAACUGUGAAAAAUCUACAUGUAGUUAAAGGACCAUAAAAUGUGCAAAAUCAGUGAGGAUAAAACACGACUUUUAAAGUGGUGUUGCUUUUAUAAGUUGAUUUAGAAAAAGACGCUGGCACUGAAGUCAGUAAAAUUCAGAAUUUAUUUCCCAAUCAGUAUUUGAUGUGGAUCAAUUAGGUUAAGUUUUUUUUGUUUAAUCAUUACAAAUGGAAAAAGUAUUUUUAAUUAGGAUUUGAACCUUUAAUUCUUAAUGGUCAAACAGAAAUAAAGGCUGUGGUGGAGAACAGUAGGCAAACUUCUUUUUCUUUUCAUAUGGCGUAGACUAAAAAAUGAAAACAUAAAAAACAAUACCAGCUGUUUUGGAUGUUAUAAACUAUGACAGUGCUACACAUAAUCAGAACACGGCUUACAAACAGAAUAUAAAACGCAAACAUAGAUCAGCCAGCUUUUGCAUCAGAUUUGUCACCUGUUUUUUUUUUCUUUUUUUCAACUCAAAACAAAAUGAGCAGCUUUGGUCCCCAGCAAAACUUGCGUUAUCUUCCCGGUGUCUACUUUUCCACAUUGAUGCUAUUGUACCACAUUCAAAACAAAUAAAAGGAUGGGAAUGCAA